AUGCAUGUGGAUUGCGAUAUCGUUUUGAAACGGCGGUUGAGAAGUAAGGAUGAGUACUUAGGCAACAAUCUGAUGAUGUCCAUUGGACCGUACUUUUCCCAGUAUGGGAGCCCGUUUGAGGGCGAAGUAGAACAACUGGCCAUCAGUUCAGAUUCACAGGCUGCUGCAGAGCAAUACUGCUUUCCCCUGUGCCAAAAUGGAGGUACAUGCUUACCUGGCAAUAUAUGCAGAUGUAGCCAGGAGUUCUUUGGAGACCGGUGCCAAAAUGCUGUCUGUAAGCAGCUGUGUCAAAAUGGAGGCCACUGUGUGUAUCCUGGUCACUGUGUGUGCCCACAAGGAUAUUACGGACCUACCUGUGAACCGCUGUGCAAACGUGGAUGUUACAAUGGAGGACGUUGUGUGGGUCCCAAUAUCUGUGCCUGUCCUGCAGGUUACCAUGGUAAACGCUGUCAGAAAGCUGAAUGCCAGCCUGCUUGUCAGCAUGGCGGAGUCUGUGUGUCUCCAGAUCUGUGUUUGUGUAAAAAUGGCUAUUCUGGAUCUAGGUGUCAGAAAA